AUGCCUGCUAUUACUCCAGCACAAUUAUCACUAUUACAGCACAAUACCAAAAACAUUCGAAAUAUCUGCAUCCUGGCACAUGUGGACCAUGGAAAGACCACCCUGUCUGAUUCGCUGUUAGCAACCAACGGCAUCAUUUCAUCGAAAAUGGCAGGCAAAGUCAGAUACUUAGAUUCUCGUGAAGAUGAGCAGGAAAGAGGCAUUACCAUGGAGUCCAGUGCUAUUAGUUUGUAUUUCAAGCUUGUCAAAUCUGUCAGCAAUGAAGAGGCGCAGCCAAAGACAGUAGAAAGUGAAUACCUCAUCAAUUUGAUCGAUUCGCCCGGUCAUGUUGAUUUCUCCUCUGAAGUGUCUACCGCUUCCCGAUUAUGUGAUGGCGGUCUUGUCCUGAUUGAUGUUGUAGAAGGUGUUUGUACCCAGACAGUCUCCGUGUUGAGACAAGCAUGGAUCGAUAAGGUGAGACCUGUCCUUGUAUUCAAUAAGAUGGAUCGAUUGAUUGUAGAGCUACAAAUGACGCCACAUGAAGCUUAUACUCAUAUCAACAAGAUCUUGGAGCAAGUGAACGCUGUGAUGGCCACGUUUUUCACGGGUGAUUUGAUGGAGAGCGAAGCCCGAAAGAUGACAGAUGAGAGCAAGGAGGAGGACGAGGAAUUCGACGCCAAUAAAGUGUAUGACUGGAGUGUAGAAGAUAGAGAUGAUUCAGAUAUCUACUUUGAUCCAGCUAGAGGCAAUGUCAUUUUUUCCAGUGCUGUAGACGGAUGGGCCUUUAGAGUGCAACAAUUUGCUUCGCUGUACGCAAAGAAGCUUGGAUUCAAGGAGUCUGUCUUGCAGAAAUGCUUGUGGGGUGAAUACUACUUUGAUCCCAAGGCCAAGCGAGUGAUUUUACCGAAGCAUUUGAAGGGAAGAAACUUGAAGCCCAUGUUUGUUCAGUUUGUGCUUGAGAAUAUUUGGGCUGUUUAUGGUAGUGUUGUGAUUGAACCCGAUCGUGAGCGAGUUGAAAAGAUUGUCGGUGCCUUGAAGAUCAAAGUCCUACCUAGAGAUUUGCGUUCUCGUGAUCCUCAAAUCUUGCUGUCCGCCAUUUUCUCUCAAUGGCUUCCUUUGUCCACAUGUGUCUUGCUCGCCAUUAUCGGUCAACUGCCUCCUCCUAUCGAUGCCCAAAGAGUACGCUUGCCCAAAAUGCUGUAUCCUAAUAUCCACCGCAAAGACAAUGAUCCUCUGGAGCCCACCAAUGCUGUUGAAAAAGCCCUUUACAACUGUGAUAUCUCUCCUGAGGCUCCUGUUGUUGCCUAUGUUAGCAAGAUGUUUGCCGUUCCCGUCGAGUUUUUGCCUGAAAAUCGUCGUACUCAAAUGACCGCUGAGGAAAUGCGUGAGCGGGGUAGACAACAGCGUGAAUUACGUGCUGCUCAAGCUGCUGCAGACAAGUCAGGUGAAGGCAUUCCAUUAGAUCAAGUCAAUGCUCUCCCGUUACAGGCUGAAGCCGCCGAAGAAGAACCAGAAGAAGAAGCUGCUGAAGAACUCAAGGGUGAAAGCUUGAUUGGUUUUGCUCGUCUUUACAGUGGCUCUAUUCGAGUUGGACAAAAGCUCUAUGUCAUGGGUCCCAAGUAUGAUCCUAAAUACCCCAAGAAGCACAUUUCUGAAAUCACUGUGCAAAGCCUCUAUUUGAUCAUGGGCAGAGACCUUGAAUCAUUGGAAGAAGUCUGUGCUGGUAAUGUUUUUGGCAUUGGUGGAUUGGAGGGUCAUAUUCUCAAAAACGGAACACUGGCAAGCACUCUUGAAGAUGUUCGUAAUAUGGCUGGCGUCAAGAUGGAGACCUCGCCUAUUGUUCGUGUCGCUCUGGAACCCGAGGAUCCCACUCAAAUGGAUAAAUUAGUAGAGGGCCUUCGUCUCCUGAAUCAAGCAGAUCCCUGUGUCGAAGUCAUGCUGCAAGAAACUGGUGAGCACGUUAUUCUGACAGCUGGUGAAUUGCAUCUCGAACGAUGUCUGCGUGACCUGAAGGAACGUUUUGCCAAGAUUGAAAUUCAUGCGUCAGAACCUAUUGUUCCUUUCAGAGAAAGCAUCGUUCGUGCUGAACUGUCUACCAACAAGGAGAAGGAUGGUGUCAUGGUGCCUCGUGGUCAAGCAGAGAUCAAGCUGAGCAGCAAGUUCUUGACGCUCAAGGUGCAAACAGUGCCUCUGCCCAACCGUGUUACUGAAUUUCUGACCAAGCAUGCUGCUUCUAUCAAGGCUGUCGUGGAAGAAAAACUGGCUAAAAAGACCAACAAGGAAGAGGAAGAGGAGACGGGCGAUGCUGCUCCGCUUGGCACCAGUCAACUCUUGUCUGCGUCAGAAUUGGAGCAAUUACUGAAGGAAGAGUUCGAACAAGCAAAGAAGGAAGGUGGUCCAUUUGCUUCUUUAUGGGACAAUGUGGUGGAUCAGAUCUGGGCUUUUGGUCCUCGUCGUAUUGGUUCUAAUCUGUUGAUUAAUCGUAUUCCUGGCUAUGUGAGAAAGCCCUUCUUCCAAGUAGACUCCAAGAAGAGUGCUGAUGUUGCUGGUGAUCAUGCAGAUGAAGUCCUUAAAGUGGAAGACGAGGAUGCUAGUGCCCUUUCUAUCUUGGACUUUGAUUUCCACAUCCAUACUGGAUUCCAAUUGACCACGUUGACAGGUCCUUUGUGUGCUGAACCCAUGACCGGUGUAUGUUACAUUGUGCAAGGUGUAGAGUUCCACUCCGAAGAGAUGGUAUCUUCCAGUGGAGAAACGAUCGAUGUGCGUGGUCGUCUUCCUGUCAUUCAGGGGCAUGUCAUUGCUGCCACUAAAGAAGCGUGUCGUCAAGGUUUUCUUGACUGGUCUCCUCGCCUUUUGUUGGCAAUGUAUACCUGUGAUAUCCAAGCCAAUGCUGAAGUCUUGGGCCGUGUCUACGGUGUUAUUUCCAAGAGAAAGGGUAAGAUUAUAUCUGAAGACUUGAAGGACGGCACCUCAUUCUGGCAAAUCAAUGCUUUACUGCCUGUUAUUGAAAGUUUCGGUUUCUCUGAUGAAAUCCGUAAGAGAACCUCCGGUGCUGCCAGUCCUCAACUAGUGUUUAGUGGAUUUGAAAUGUUAGAUGAAGAUCCAUUCUGGGUCCCCACUACAGAAGAAGAAUUGGAAGAUUUGGGUGAAAAGGCCGAUAAAGAGAAUUUAGCCAGAAAGUACAUGGAUACAGUUAGAAAGAGAAAGGGUAUGUUUGUGGAGAAGAAGCUUGUCGAGCAUGCAGAAAAGCAAAGAACUUUAAAGAAGAAUUAG